AUGUCCUUUCUCCAGGUUUUUUCCCUGAAGUACCAGGUUUCAUAUUGGGAGAGGGGAGGGAUCGCGAGGCACUUCCCUUCGAGUCCAGAGCUUGGAAAUGAUCCUGCAGCAAUGGAAGCGCAAGAAGCUGAGGCGCUCCAGGAAGAGCUGAACGAGAAGAUUGAGAGGCUGAAAGCCGAGCUGGUGGUCUUCAAGGGUCUCAUGAGUGACCCCAUGACAGACCUGGACACAAAGAUCCAAGAAAAGGCCAUGAAGGUGGACAUGGACAUCUGCCGAAGAAUCGAUAUCACAGCCAAGCUGUGUGAUGUAGCCCAGCAGCGCAACUCUGAAGAUGUUUCCAAGAUAUUCCAGGUGGCUUCGAAAAAGAAAGAGCGGAAGCUGCCUUUGGAAGAAGACCUCUCUGAGCAGGACACGGACAACGGCCGCUUCUCAGACGACGAAGUCAGCUGCUCUCUGAAUAUCACGGAUGAAAUGAAGAGGAUGUUCAACCAGCUGCGCGAAACCUUUGAUUUUGAUGACGACUGCGACAGCUUAACAUGGGAGGAGAACGAGGACACUUUGCUUCUCUGGGAAGACUUCACCAACUGCAACCCCUCGAUCGAACUCCAGGGAGAGCAGGAGGAGAACUUGGGCAACCUGAUCCAUGAAACGGAGUCUUUCUUCAAGACAAGAGACAAAGAAUAUCAGGAAACAAUAGGGCAGAUUGAGCUGGAGCUGGCCACGGCCAAGAGCGACAUGAACCGCCACCUCCACGAGUACAUGGAAAUGUGCAGCAUGAAGCGGGGCCUGGAUGUGCAGAUGGAGACCUGCCGCCGGCUCAUCAAAGGGUACUGCGCAGAGCCAAACUCUCCUUCUCCCAGCUCCUUGGCCAGCAGCGACUCAGGAAACACAGACGAGAUUCAAGACGAGUUCGACAGAGAAGCAGACGUGGAGCCGAUGGUCAGCUGAUGAAGACCCUGAGCAGCUCAGAUGGAAAGGGAGAAGGGGAAAAGGAAAACUGUCAAAAAAAGGGGUUCUGUUAAGAAAUGUUGAGACUUCAGAGACUUCUGCGCCCUGGCUUCCCAGGGUUCCUGAGGACUAGUGUGCUUCCCCACGCCAUCCGAGGACCGGUGCUGAAAUAAUUUCUAUUGUUGUACAAAUGACAAAUUGUGGAGUCCUGCAAGAGGAGAAAUGGUAUUUUAAUUGUGCCUUUGCCCCUAGCUGAGCCACUUGGCGCUCCUCUGGAAUAGAACUGUUCUUUUUGUAAUAGUCACGGUAGCAAAGGGAUGUGUUGACGGCAGACGCGGAAGGACUUUGGAGGCUGCUGCACAGCGGACCGGGAGGGGCGGUGCUGACAGAUCUACUUGCCGGCACCCAGUGGCAGUACUCCAUCGUGACCAUCAAAUGGUGCCGACCCCUGGGCACUUGGGACCGGCACAAAACUUUUCUGCCAGAGUUCAGAGUUAUUCAGAGGAGCCCUCAGCUUGGUGCAAGGCCUGCUGGGAAAGUAUGGUGGGGUGGGAAUAUCACUAUUAACGUCUAUGCAAAAAAAUAAUAAUAACAGCCCUCGCCUUAUUUCCGUGGAAUGUUUGGUCCUGGCUGGGCUUCCGUGUCUCGUGGCAGAGGGAAAGCUGAGCACCUGUUUUUGCACACCGUUCAGGUCUGUGGAGCUUGUGUCGGACGUGGCUGGUGUGUUGCUGUGGGCGCUUCCCAUGACCUUCCGUUUGCGAACAGCUCCCUUUUCGUUCUGCUUUUUUGGGGCCUCCCCUUUAAGCCAUGAGUGGUUUUUUUCUAAAAAGGUUUGCUAUUGAGGAGUGGGGGGGUGGGGGGACACCUCUGCUCUUGGGCAGCGUUCAUCAGCCGGGGGCACAAAAGCGUUCCUUGCAAGAUAAGCUCAUCCUCACCAUCCCACGGAUCAGUGCCGAGUAACUUCCUUGGUCACGUGUGAAGCACUUCUGGCUCUCCUCAGCUGCCAGAACCACAGUCACGGCUGGCUGCUUGUGUUUCCCCCUGGAGGUGUGUAUGGUGGGGUGGAAAGAUAUAUUCUGGCAAGUGUAAUUUCAAUAAAGGUGAAAGGGUAGCAGCAGCUUCAGUGGCCGGCAGGUGAGAAGCACGGCUCUAGAUACCUGCUACAGAUUCCACGCCUGUUCUUCAGACAAACGGAGAACAGGGGUUCCCUGUCUGCUGCGGGGUUUUUCAAAGGACUCCAAUGUAUUAGUGUGAUUCCCUCAAACUGGGGGGUGACUUUUCACUGGAAAAGCCAGUGCGACUCAGCCUGGAUAGUACAUUCUUCUGUUGCCUGACCUCUGCGUGAGGAGGUCUUUUGCCAAAUAGCUCUCUCUCCCCCGACGGCCUGGGGUAACCUCUUUUCCAUCUUGACCAGUUCACUAUGCCACAAAAACACUGGCUGUCGAGGCAGAAGAAGAAAUGUGUUAUGCUGGCCCCUUUUGGAGGCAUAGCUGAUGGCCCAGUAAGUAUUUUGGGGGGAGAAAUCCAGGGUUUAUUUUCCUCCAAAAUGUAUUUCCAGCAAAUUGAAGAGGCGCCCUCAGAUCAUGCUGCAAAUCAGUCCUGGUAAAGCUGGUGCAGAGUCAAGGGCCUUUCCGUUCUUCUCUUUGCUUGCCCGGCCUCAGGUGAGCUUCGGUUGGGUGGCUAAAGGGGGCCCCCAGGGCUGGGGCUGAACAUGGUCCUAGUGGGGGUAGCUCCUUCUUCCACAGCUGUGCCUCAUCUCUCCAAGUGAGGUGGGGUCCUCUGGACUCGCUCGGGUGUGAGGACCGGGGGCUGUCUGCAAAUUCAGCAGUGAGACUCAAUAGUCCUGUUCUCUGGAAGAGAUGCAGUGUCACGGGGGACUUUUUGCGUGUGUCCAAGUUUGCUUUUUGAAACGGUCAGCUUGUUUCUCAUCUCUAGUUGAGGAGCUUUAUUCUGUGUCGUCGUGACCUUUCCAGUGCUUGCUUUGUUGAGCAUUUCCUUCCCCUUUUUUGAGAGCAGAGUUUUUUGUUCCUGUGCGUAUUCUUCUGUAGUUCCUUUCUCGCCAAAGCCCUUUAAUGCCCAUAGGUGGGGGUUGUCAAGCACUAACCGCCCUGGCCUGUUGGCACACAGGACAGGCCUUUCCCGGGUCAGGGUUUUCUAAGCCAGAGUUUGAACCUUGGCCUGCUGUCGGCAUGGUUCCUCCAGGUACCAGGGCUUCCUCUGCCAAAGUCGGCAUUGUCCAGAUGAGCUUGUACAUCCAUCCGUCCAAGGGCAACGGUUGUGCUCGACAGCCCCCAAUUUUGUUUUGGACACGUCUGCCGUAGGAGAGACAUCAAGCCAUUUAAAUAGCCGUCCUCUUUCGUUGCUGCUAAGCGUCUUCAUAGCAUUUUAAGGUCGAUGUACCCGAGCAUGAUUCAGUGCUUUUGCUUUUAAUGAUUGGCAUGUUAAGAUAGAGAAUAGGGGGUGGGGGCAGGGGGGGGAGUAGAUUUCCUGAGGGUGUGUAAGUGGGUAGAUGGUUACAGAUUCCCUUCUAGCAGUUCAUGGGGUAGCUGUACGGGAGGUGUGUUUUGCAUAUGUGUAGAGGUAGGUGGGAAUUCCCUGCAUAACUAAGGUGGGAUGGAAUGAUAGUGGUAGUGAACAAGGUGGUGGUCGUCAGUGGCUUACGUGCCACAAAUAUUUAAAUUUGUCUUAACUUUUGAAUAGGAGUGUAGGUGCAGCUGGUGAAUGGCUCCAGCCCUUAUCGGUUCACUUUUUGUAUUCUCUUAUUUUUCAGCCCCCCCUGGGGCCGUCUUAAGUAGACUGUGGUUUUAUUACAUUUGCCUUUUGUAUGCGGGUCACAACCAGAUUUAACGCUUGUCAGGAAAAAAAAACAAUUGUGAAAAUGCUGGACAUCACGUUGACCUUUGUUUUUUUCCCCCUUCUUCUUCUGUAAAGCUGUAAAUACUUUAUUUUCUGUUCAUGAGGCAGUGUCAUAUUGACACUCUUUUAGAUAUGAAAUUGGAAAGUCUUGAUUCUCGUGAUUUUUAAAGGGGGCGGGGUUUGGAGCUAACAGUUUUUGUUUGCUUGUUAGCAAGAAGAUAAAAGUUCCAAAAACUACACAGCAACAGACCUGCUCUUCCUGGGCAGGCCUUUCAAACUCGCGGCCCUCCAGAUGUUAUGGACUACAGUUCCCAUCAUCC